GUUUCGGACCCGCGGGCCGCGACUGCAGUCUAUUGACAUUCCAGUGUUGUGAAUUGUUUUGAUUUUUGGUGCGGUCGUUAUUUACAAGCACGGAUUACACCGCGGCGGACGACACCUUUAAUUUUAGUUCCAGAGAAGUUAAUUUGGGGCAAUGUUCGAGUGGGCGUACGGUGGCGUGAAUAGCUCCAUACCACGCAAUGUCGGUCCAGAAUGCGCGAAUUACCUGACGCUGAAGCGACGGAUAAUAGAAACUUUUUUUAUAUCAGUAUUUAUCAUAUCCUGCAUCAUAUGGGGUCUGAAGCGAAUAACCUUGCCAAAGAAUCUGGCCUAUGUCGGCCACGAUCGUGUCGGUAGGCGAGUCUUGCUGAUUGUGAUGUCGCUGGUCCUGGGGAUGGAGAUUGGUUUCAAAUUCACCAGUAGGACUGUUAUAUACCUGUUAAACCCUUGUCAUAUUACAACAGCAUUACAGUUGUAUUUAUUGGCUGCUGAUCCUAGUCCAACAGUCACCGCUAUCUUUAGGAUACAUUUGAAUCUGUUAAAUGGACCGGUAUUGGCGUACCUAUUUCCAGAGACAGAAUCUCGGAUUAUAUUUGCAGACAAAGCAAUGUAUUAUAUUCAGCACGGCUUGAUGCUAGUAAUACCAUAUUAUUUGUUGAGGAUCGGAGGUGCAUAUAAUGUUGAGCCCUUAUCUGAUAUGAGCUGGUCAAUCCUCAGUUACGGCCUUAAUGCGGGAUAUCACUUUUGGAUUCUUCAAAGUGUUGCCUUGCCUGUACAGGUGAACCUUAGUCAUAUGCUAUGUGCAGCAGUCUUGGAUCCAUUUGAAGGACAAAAUUAUCGAAUAUGGGCAGUAACUCAUCAAAUGAUAUUAUGUCCCACUCUGUGCAAGCUGUUUUGUUUUGGAUCCAAUUUUUUCUUAACUAAGUUUCCACCGACUAGGGUUAAGCCGACGCUGGAAUGCGCUAUUCCAAAAGAGAAUUGUACAUAUGAACAGAAUGAGAAGUUACAUGAAGAGUCUAACACCUCAGGAAAUGGUCAUACACAUUUUGAUUAAUUUGGAAGAGAAAAUUGUUAUGUCAGAUGUGUCUGAACACCUCAUCUUGAUUGAGUGAGUAUAUAUUCUGUUGUAACAUCUGAGAUUAUCUGACAAUGAGAAUGAUGCUUAUAAAUUGUAAUAUUUUUACAAAAUGUACAUUUGCGCUAGUAAUCACAUAGAUAUUCUGUCAGAUUAGGUACGUAAGAAUAUCAGGUUUUUCUCUCCAUUUACAGACUAACACAAUUUAUAAUUGUAUCUGUUAUAUCAUCUUCUAAAUAUGGUCUACAGGGAAACUAUAAAUGGAAGACUAUAAAUGUGGAUAGAAAAAAACUGGCUUCUACAGGUUCAAUAAUUAAUUGCAUUACAGUCAACAUAAGCAAUGUGUGAUUAAUAUCUUUUUAUUUAAAAAUUUUAUUCGAGGGAUAGAUUUUUAUUUUUUUAGGAUUAAACUCACAGAUACAUACGCAAGAUACCAAAUAGGUAACUUAAUCUUGGUACAAUCAUGGUCAUAUUAGUUUUAACUCAUUAGUCCACGAUACCAAACGAUAAGAAUAGUCAAUUUGAAAUAUAAAUUUCUGUCCAAAUGCUUAUCAUGCCUAGCGCUGUGCAUAGAUUAAGAAUCUCAAAGAUAGUAUGAGGCUUAAGCUGACGUUCAACAACAGCAAUGGCUCAUUGAAUAAUUGCAUUAUUUUAUUAGAUAAAACGCAUUUUAAACGAACUACCUUGUGCGUUUUAUACUCAUUUUUACUUGCGCAAUAGAAAUGAGGAUAUUCAAAUAACGAAACUGCAAUAUUUUAUCUAUCAUACAUAAUAGAUAGGCAGCGAAAGUGUAUGAGGCUUCACGAUGAUUCUUCUUAAUAGCACUGUGAGAUGCGUUAAGACAAGUCAAUUGGUUGCGUUUAGUAGAGAGCUGUUUUACAACUGUUCUAAAAUUUGUGAAUUUAAUUGGUGUAUUCUCUUAGUUAGUCAAAAUUCAAAGCAUAUAUCAAUCAGAUUCACAAAAUUUUACAACAAUUAUAAGGCAGCUUUCUCUGCUGAACGCAGCUAAUUGUCUUAAUGGCACAAAUAAUGAAAUUUUACACAGAAAUAUAAGAAAUUUUAUUUUAAUUCGAUAACGUCAAACAUUCUAUUUUUGGAGAACAAAAAUUUUUUUGUGAAAGAAGUGAUUUUAAUAAUAAUAAUAAUAAUUUAGAAAUUUAUAGGUACUCUUAAUGGUUUCUUAGUCAUUUUAACCAUUUAAUUGUUAAUUAUUUCCAGGAAGCCAUAAGAUUUUUUAAACUUUGUAUUUUCUCAACUUUAUUUUUAUUUCCACAAAAUGUUAAGAAAAUAUGAUAGCCGAUAUUUUAUAUCAUAUCUUACAUUGUCAAGCCUAUGUUAUCAGAAAGUAAUUAUAAUUGACAAAAUGUAAUACUGCCCACUUGGGAAGGCAAAUUGUGAAACCUCGUAAACUUGCGUGGUUUAAUACAUAUAACAUAGUAUAAGCAUUUUGGCCAUAACAGUCAUCUCUUAGAUUUGAUCAUUAAUAAUAUAAAGGCCAUAAAGAGCUGACGAAAAAUUCGUGACAUAUACAAUUCUCUUAUUUUAAUAAAUUCACGACUCUGCGAAACGUAGUCGUAUAUAUGGAAAUAUUUUUAUAUGACAGUUCCUAUACUAUUUAAUCUUAUAAUGUAUGAAUUCUCGCAUGCAGAAAUGUAUCAUCAUUAACAGCGAGAAAAUUUUAGAAUUUAGAAUAUGCUUUUUGCGGUAUAGAUAUUGUAUAGAUAUUGCAUGUUAUGUGAUAAAUGGAUAAAUACGCAGAUUGUAAACUAAUGCUUUCGUCCAAACAAAUUAAAGUUUAUGAAAAUAAUGCUCUCACAUGGAUGAAAGCUAACGUCCAUUUUACGUCCUUUCGAAUAAAACAUUUCUCAUAUAGAAACGAUUUUUGUAUAUGAUAGUCAGUUCUGUAAAUAUUGAAGCAAAUUGAUAAAGUAGAAUGGCCUAUGUUGUUAAUUGUACAGAAUUAAAUGAAAACAAAACUUCUGAAGUUCCAGUAAUUUCAGUAAGCUGCCAUUAAAAAAAGAAACUUAUUUUUUGAUGAAAACAGCUUGAUAGUACAGAAUUUAUGUUACCAAUAUCUAGAUAAUAAUAUGAAUAAUAAUAUUAGUGACACUACAUAUAAUUUACUUAUAAUAGAACAAUAUAGGAAAUUCCAAUUUGGUGAUCUUCUAAUUUAAAUAUAAGAGUUGAUUAUAUAUAUAUAUAUAGAUAUCUUCUCGAGAGAUAUUAUGAAAUAAAAUAUACCACAAAUGACAUACUAAAUCUCAAAUUAAAUAUAGGAUAAAUUAAUUCUUGCACGAGAAUGUUCCAAUUUUUGCAUUAGAUAUGUAUAGUAUUUGCAAAUUAAACUAGUGACAAAUAAGAUUGUCUUUGGCAUGGUACUAUAAAAACUCCUACAGUAUUUUUUAUUAAAAUAGCCUAAUCGUGUGAAGGAUUUUUUCAAAGAAAAUGGAAACUAAACUGUGAAAAGAUCAGUAUUUAAAUUAAUGCAGUUGAUUAGGUUAUUACAAAUAUUUUAAUAAAAAAUAAAAAUAUCUUUAUAUAUAGAUUGUAUUUGGUUUUUGGAAAAUAAUAUAAAAAUUACUACUAUCUAAUAGUAAAUACUUUUCAUUAAUUAGUCUUAAAUUAGACAAAUUAUCGAACAUGUUUUAUUGCUAUAUAAUAGUAUAAAAUUUUUACUCAAUUAGCUAAUAGUAUAAUAAAUUUACAUU